AUUAAAUGUAAAUAUUUCUCGUUAUUUUUUCUUUUCUUCUAUAUUUUUUAUUAUAGAUAGUUCUUGUAGAAUAAGAUGGUUCAUUUUUUAAUAGUUGAUAACAGAGACUAAUCAUCUUAAAGAAGUUGUUUGAAGUGGAAGAAAGGGGUGAACUCAGUUGACUUGACCUUGCUAUUUUCCUUAUCACAGCACUCUUCUUCUGUCUGUCAUAAUUGAUUUGGUGUUCUUGUUGAAACAAUGAAUCCGGAGGUACAUCGAAUUGUCUCACUGUCUUUCUUGGUCUGCUAUCGGUGUUUGUGACCUCGAAAUUUCGUUCAUCAAUUUUGGGCUGAAUUUUGCAUACCCUCAAGUUUUUUUUUUCCAGUUUCCCAGAAAUUUAUUGGUUGCUCAGUUCGGAGUUAUAGAGACUUGGACAGUUUUGGUUGGUGUUCUGUGCAUCUUGGUGUUCAUUGUGAAGGAGUUUGUUAUGGGGGGCAAGAGUUCUAAAGGAAGCGGUAGGAGGUAUGAUUAUGGUGCUUCUUCAUCUUCAUGGGAUAAUAAUAACUAUGGUGGAUACCCUCCACAAUCACCAUAUCCUUCUCAUCAAACACCUCGGCACCAGCAUGCAUCGGCAUCAGCUCCAUUUUAUGAUAAUGCUCAGCCAAAAAGGAAGUUGAAUAGGAAGUAUUCAAAGAUAGCUGAUAACUACCGUUCCUUGGAUGAGGUUACUGCUGCACUUGCAAAUGCUGGGCUGGAAUCUUCUAAUCUCAUUGUUGGCAUUGAUUUCACAAAGAGCAAUGAGUGGACAGGGAAGAGGUCAUUCAAUCGAAAAAGUUUACAUGACAUUGGAAGUGGCCAAAACCCGUAUGAGCAAGCAAUUUCUAUUAUUGGGAAAACUCUAUCAGCUUUUGAUGAAGAUAACUUGAUUCCUUGUUUUGGAUUUGGAGAUGCGUCUACACAUGAUCAAGAUGUGUUUAGUUUCUUUUCGGAAGAGAGGUUCUGCAAUGGAUUUGAGGAAGUUCUAUCACGAUACAGACAAAUUAUUCCUUGCCUCAAACUUGCAGGACCCACUUCAUUUGCUCCUAUUAUUGAAAUGGCUAUGACUAUUGUUGAGCAAAGUGGUGGCCAAUAUCAUGUCUUGCUGAUAAUUGCAGAUGGACAGGUGACUAGAAGCGUUGACACAGAACAUGGCAACUUGAGUCCACAAGAGAAGAACACAAUAGAUGCAAUAGUUAAAGCAAGUGAGUAUCCACUAUCAAUAGUUCUGGUGGGAGUUGGAGAUGGACCAUGGGAUAUGAUGAGGGAAUUUGAUGAUAACAUCCCUUCUCGAGCAUUUGACAAUUUUCAGUUUGUGAAUUUUACUGAAAUAAUGACAAGGAAUGUAGAUUCAAGCAGAAAAGAGACAGAUUUUGCCCUUUCAGCUUUGAUGGAGAUACCUUCUCAAUAUAAGGCAACCAUAGAGCUUGGCAUAUUGGGCGCAAGGAGGGGUCAUUCACCAGACAGGCUUGCUCUACCCCCACCUCUCUAUGGUAGGACUUCUUCCAGCAUCAGCACAAAAUCGACAAGGUCAAACAGUUUUCAGCAGAGGCCACCUACACACACUAGCCUUGACAACAGUGUUCACACGGAGGCAUCUGCAAGUUCUUUAUAUGAUAAUAAGGUUUGCGCGGUUUGCCUCACCAAUCCGAAAGAUAUGGCCUUUGGUUGUGGGCAUCAGACUUGUUGUGAGUGUGGAGAUUACCUCCAAUUCUGUCCCAUUUGCCGGAGCACGAUCAAAACCAAAAUAAGGCUUUACUAGUUAGCUUUGCUUUAGAAGUGCUACCAGCGGAAAUUUAGCUCUUUUCCAGAAUAAGGGCUGCGAAAUAAUGUGCAGAAAGUUGGUCUUGCUGUUUUCAUGGAUGGUUUCUUGUUCAUCAGCUCACAAUUUUGGGCGAAACUUGUAUGCCCAGUUAGGAUCAGGAAGAGUUUUUUACAUAAAGAAUUGGUCUUCCCCGUUGGUUGUAUAUAUGUAGUUGUUUGUCGUGAAGGCCUCCUGUAUUUAAAUAAAA